UCACCUCCUCGCUUUGAGUAUAAAAACAACAAAGUGGGCGUCGAGAGAAAGAGAGAGAAGAGACUUUGGUGCUAUUUUUGUCUGUUAUCUGCGGAAAAAAAAACUUUUCAAAAGAAAUGGUGCAGCAGCUGUCCAAGUCCGGGCCGAAGGAGAGUCCUCUGCUGAAGGCUGGACACCCUCCAGCAGUGAAGGCUGGAGGCAAACGGGUCGCCAAGAAGGGCUUGGAGGAGAGUGCCACCCAUGGGACCCCAGAGAAGGAGACCAAGAGGUCUGAUAAGAUGAGGUCUGUCUCCACCUCCAACAGGAUGCAACAAGUCAGCAUUCUCCUGGCAGGAACCCUCGACAAGCUGAGCCACGACUUCCCGGAGACGCCGGUGAGCGUGAGGCACAGCAAGGUGCGACCGGCGGUGGAGAAGCCCCACUUGACCCGGACCUUCUUCAUCCAGCAGCCGAGGAAGUUUUGAGCGGGACAUGUUUUUGUUUUUUUGUUUUUUUUGAGGGGGGGAAGGACCAUGUCAAGUCAGCUGUGAACGACAGAACAUGAAGAGUUAGACACAUGAGGGUACCGUCAAGUGUUUGAUGGAAAGAGUUUUCAUCUAGCUCUGUAUUUAGUUGAGAGGAAAAAAUUGGCUUUUUUUUUUUUUUUUUUUCAGGCUGUGCUUAUCUGUGAGAAUUCUAUAAACCAGCAUUUAACGUGCCUUUCUUGGUGUUGUCAGAGAAAUGCUGUAGUUGUUUACCAGCUGAUGGGGAAACAGAUGGUGUUGGGUAUGUGUAACGUGACGGUUGGGGGUUCGUAAAGGGAAGUUUUUUGUUUGUUUUUUUUUGAAGUUUUCUCCAGUGAAUCUUUACUAUGUAUCGCUUGGCACUUCCUAGAUUUAAUAAUAAAAACAAAAAAAAGUUUGCAUGGAA